AUGCUGUGUCGGCUUGGGCUGCGGCCGUAUGCUAGCUCAACAAUGGCGUCUCGAGUGGUGUCCGAUUUUAUGGCAAUUCUGGCUUACGUGAACUAUGAAAACGAUGGACGUUUACUCAGCUACGCAUCGGAUCCGGUGCUGGCACUGGGAGCGACAAAGGUAUGGUACGAUAACAACGCGGCAUUGGCCGACUGCAUCUUGCCGCAGCUGAAAAAACUGCUUUUGAACGAGACGCUGGACACCGGUAGUAUUGGUGAAGUAAUCGCACGUAUUAUCCUGCUUAUAGCGAUGGAUUCAUGUGUGGUGAAAAAGGAGAACAACUCUUUAUGA